UUUUUUGACAUCUCAUCUGAAGUUUCAAUAUUUUCGAGUUUUGUGUGUUUAUUAUUACGUUUACAACAGAAUAUUCUGAUAAAAGUCAACAAAGAGCCAACUAAUUUCCACAUUAUGGAUGACAACAGCAACAAGCGUCAAACGCGGUCAAUGAUGCACUCAAUGGCUGAACAUGAGAUUGAAAUGAUGCAUCAAAUGAUGUCCGUGCCGCCACCAAAUCCACCCGGUGUGUCUCCAAAUAUUCCACCGACGCGAGUUAUGCCACCUCCACCGUUACUGCCGACACUGCCACCGAUAAAUGCUAUGCCCAAUCCGAAUUGGAGCGACGACAUACCAGCAUCAGCGGACAAUGGAAAUGCAAACGAGUUGCCAUCGUUGAUGUCAAUGAAGGUGGACAAGCCCGAUGAUAUGAAAAGCAAAAGUCCCAGCGAAGUGAUACUUCCCAAGGCUUUGGAAGAUGUAUUCGCCUUUAAGGAUCAACUGGCUGGUGAGUUGGGCCGCACGGAUGGUGAACUGCCAAUUGAUGUGACGGAAAAGAGUCAAAAAAAUCAGCAAGGAGUCAUCAGCACCGAAUAUGGCGACGUGGAUGGUGAUUCGGAUGAUGAUGAUCUGCAAACGGUAGAACAAGUUACGUCCACUGUGCAAGGUCGAUUGGAUAAGAAUAAGAAAAAGAAGCGGCGUAAGAAGCAAAAUCGACAAAAGCGUCAAGCCACACAGCGUGAUAGCGACGAUAAACGAUUCGAUAAAGUAGCUGAGAGCGACCAAGAGAAAAAUGGUUCCACUGAGGAUGUGGCCAUCGAAUACGUUCCGGACAAGAUAACGGUAGCUGAAUUGGCUCCGAUGUAUCGUCAAUUCUAUCGUGUUUUCGAAAUCUUCAAACUUGAGGACAAACCGUCAGCACAGCAGCUUGCAGCGGCUGCAUUAGAUGAAAAGAACAAUCAAAUCAAAAAGGACAAAGAGAAGGCAAUCGAUGACGACGACAUCGAAAUGGACGAGGAGAAGAAGGAAGACAAGGAGAAAUUGUCGAAGAGGAAACUGAAGAAGUUGACCCGGCUUAGUGUUGCCGAAUUGAAGCAGCUGGUAAAUCGGCCGGAUGUCGUUGAAAUGCAUGACGUUACCGCACGCGAUCCGAAAUUAUUGGUCCAAUUGAAGGCACAUCGAAACACCGUUCAGGUGCCGCGCCAUUGGUGCUUCAAACGGAAAUAUUUGCAAGGGAAACGAGGUAUCGAGAAGCCACCGUUCGAUUUGCCGGCAUUUAUAAAGAAAACUGGCAUUAUGGAGAUGCGAGCGUCGUUGCAGGAAAAGGAUGAAGCGAAGACGUUGAAGGCAAAGAUGAGAGAACGAGCUAGACCGAAAAUGGGAAAAAUUGACAUUGACUACCAGAAAUUGCACGACGCAUUCUUUAAAUGGCAAACUAAACCGAGGAUGACCAUCCACGGCGAUUUGUAUUACGAGGGAAAGGAGUUCGAGACAAGAUUGAAAGAGAAGAAACCAGGAGACUUGUCCGAAGAGCUGCGCACUGCAUUGGGCAUGCCGAUCGGACCGAAUUGUCACAAGAUUCCACCACCAUGGUUGAUCGCACAACAGCGAUAUGGACCGCCGCCCAGUUAUCCAAAUUUGAAAAUUCCCGGCUUAAAUGCUCCAAUACCGGAAGGCACUUCAUUCGGAUAUCAUGCAGGCGGUUGGGGUAAGCCACCUGUUGACGAAAAAGGAAAACCGUUGUACGGUGACGUAUUCGGAACGAGUUCAAUGGAUCCAGAUAGCGGAGUCGAGGAAGGUGACAUUGAUCGCAAUAUGUGGGGUGAACUGGAAUCGGAAUCCGAAGAAUCAUCCGAAGAAGAAGAGGAGGAGGGUGAAGAUUUGGGUGAUGCAACUGAUGAAAGUGGAUUGGUGACACCAGCCGAAGGAUUGGUAACACCAUCUGGAUUGACUAGUAUUCCGGCUGGAAUGGAAACGCCCGACACCAUCGAAUUGAGAAAGAAGAAGAUCGAAAACGAAAUGGAAGACAAUGAAACGCCAGUAUUGUACCAAGUGCUACCCGAAAAACGUACCGAUCGUAUCGGUGCUUCGAUGAUGGGCUCAACGCAUGUGUACGACAUGACGACUGCUGCCGGCAAAGCAGCAAAUGCGAAUCUUACCACACAUCGCGGAGGAGCGCCCAUCGAUCGUGAAGGUAUGGUCGAAUUGGCGCUGGAUCCAUCCGAAUUGGACAUGGACAAUGAUGCAAUGGCCCAACGAUACGAACAACAAAUGCGAGAGCAACAGAGUCACCUUCAGAAGGAAGAUCUGUCGGAUAUGUUGGCUGAGCAUGUGGCCAGACAGAAAUCGAAACGUAAGCGACAGCAGGGAACCGAUCCGUCGUCGAAGCAGACAAAGAAAUACAAAGAAUUUAAGUUUUAAGUGCGCACGUUCGGAUCGAGUUUGGGUUGAGUACAGUGUUUGGAUGUGUGACAUUAACCUCAUUACUAUUAAAGCGGUCGAUUCUCUUUUUGAAUUGAAAACGAUGGUUUUUGUGUUCCCGACCGCCAUGGAAAAUGCAAAUUUUAAUUUUUAA